UCUCUCUAGAGUUACCCCAAAUAAUUGAAUUGCGGGCCUCCCAUAUUGCGCACCCAAUACCAUAAAAAUUCCAAAGUCACAAGUGGAGAGAGAGAUCGCCACAAAGGGGACCCAAUCAGCCACUUUAAGGUACGAACUGCUGCCAACCGCUCGCCCCAGCGGUGAACUGAACCAAACACUUCUUCCAAACAGAUAGACAAGAUUGUAAUUAGUUAAAAAAAAAUAAAAUGAGCAUGGACGUGCAUUCUUUGUUUCGCAUACUGCAUUCGUGCAACACCCACCAUUCAAUAUACUUAGGAAAACAGCUCCACCUUAUUUGUCUCAAAAAGGGUAUCAUAAAUUCUGCUGUUGCAUUCGGAAACCGUCUUCUACAAAUGUAUGUGAAAUGCGGUAGGAUGAUCGAUGCACUGAAGUUGUUUGAUGAUAUGCCCCAAAGAAACUGUUUCUCGUGGAACACACUGAUUGAAGGUUAUACAAAAUCUGGGGACCUAGAAAAAUCUUUACAGUUGUUUGAGGAGAUGCCCCGUAAGGAUGAUUUUACGUGGAACUUGAUUGUUUCCGGGUUUGCAAAAGUGGGUAAGCUGGAAAUUGCUCAUAGUUUGUUUGAUGACAUGCCUAGGAGAAAUUGGGUUGUCUGGAAUUCUAUGAUUCAUGGUUAUUCCAAGAAGGGAUGCCCUAGAGAUGCUUUAAGGCUUUUCCAGGAUUUGAGUUCGGACGGGUUGACAUUGUCACAUGAAUAUAAGUUUGUGUUGGCUACUGUUAUUGGAGCUUGUGGUGAUUUGUUUGCGCUUGGUUGUGGUAAGCAAGUCCAUGCACGCAUUUUUAUUGAUGAAGUGGAAUUUGACUCUGUUUUGGCUAGUUCGUUGAUUAAUUUGUACGGGAAGUGUGGGGAUUUAGAUAGUGCAAGCCACGUUUUCAAUAUGAUGAAGGAACCAGAUGAUUACUCUCUCUCAGCCCUGAUUUCAGGUUAUGGAAACUGUGGUAGAAUGGACGAUGCAAGAAGAAUUUUCGAUACAAAAAGUAAUCCAGAUGUUGCAUUAUGGAAUUCAUUGAUUUCUGGAUAUGUUAACAGUAAUGAAAACAUUGGAGCAUUAGUUCUAUUCAGAGAAAUGUUGAAGAAUGGUGUUCAUGGGAAUUCAUUUACGCUUGCAAGUGUUUUGACUGCCAUUAGUAUCUCAGGCAUCCUUAAACAGGCUGAACAAAUGCACACACAUGCUUGCAAAGUUGGGCUGAUUGGUAAUGUUAUUGUUGCUAGUGCUAUUCUUGAUGCAUACUCCAAGCGUGGAAGUCCUAACAACGCUUGCAGAUUGUUUAGUGAGCUCAAAGCCUUUGACACAAUAUUGCUUAAUUCUAUGAUCACUGUGUAUUCAAAUUGCGGCAGAGUAGAAAAUGCGAAACAGAUUUUCAAGGCAAUGCCAAGUAAAAGCUUGAUAUCAUGGAAUUCGAUGAUCGUAGGCCUUAGUCAAAAUGGCUGUCCGAUUGAAGCAUUAGAUCUUUUCAGACAGAUGAAUAAGCUGGACUUGAGGAUGGACAAGUUUAGCCUCGCUAGUGUGCUCAGUUCAUGUGCUACUAUAUCGUCACUUGAAUAUGGUGAACAGGUCUUUGCUAGAACUACCAAAAUCGGGCUCGAUUGCAAUGAAAUUGUUUGUAACUCGCUUGUUGAUUUGUAUUGCAAGUGUGGUUUUGUUAAAAAUGGGCGAGAAUUAUUUGACAGAAUGGCCAAGUCUGACGAAGUCGCUUGGAAUUCUAUGUUGAUUGGUUACGCUACAAAUGGUCAUGGAAUUGAAGCACUAGCUCUUUUCAAUGAAAUGAGGCUUGCUUGUGUGGAACCCAAUGAAAUUACUUUCACAGGGGUUUUGUCUGCCUGUGACCAUUGUGGGUUGGUUGAAGAGGGAAGAAAAUGGUUUUAUAAGAUGAAACAGGAUUAUCAUAUCGAUCCAGGCAUCGAACACUACGCUUGCAUGAUUGAUCUUUUCUCCCGCGCUGGUUUCCUCGAGGAAGCAAUGAAUCUAGUUGAAGUGAUGCCUUUUAAGGCAGAUGCAAGCAUAUUGUCUUCAGUCUUAAGAGGUUGUGUGGCUCAUGAACACAAGGAUCUUGGCAAGAAAAUGGCAGAGCGAAUCAUUGAGCUUGAUUCUGGGAACUCUGGUGCUUAUGUUCAGCUGUCUAACAUAUUUGCAUACGUAAAAGAGUGGGAAGGAUCUGCACAGGUUAGACAAGUGAUGAGAGAUAAGAGAGUAGAAAAAAAUCCUGGUUUCAGCUGGUCUGAUUGUUGAACAAGAGACUCGUAUGGCAAGAUAGUUCUUGCAACCCUUUACGCCUGUAUGCGAAAUGCAAAUGGGCACGUUACUUCGGCCAGGUCAUAGGUGGAGGCUGAAGGUGAGAUAUAACCGGAGCAUCAAGUGACAGCACAAAUCGCAUUGGCCAGAUCUCAAACAAUCAGAGGGUAGAAAGGGAACGUCCCCUUAGUGUACCUAAUUACAGAAAAAUCUUGAAAUGAAGAUAUGCAAAUCAACAGUUCAACACAACCCAGAAAUCUUGGGGAAAAGUGAUAAAAGUAUCAAAGUAGCAUCAGAGAAGGUAAAGUUUCUCAAGGAAGUCAAUAUAAGGAGCACUAUAGAAGUUAAAGGGCAGCCAACACUCAUAUCAAGAGCCCCUUACACUCAGAACUUGAUUCUAAGUUUCAGUCAUCAGUCUCGACCUAAAAGAAAAGGUCAGUCAUCAGUCUAUUUAUUCUAUACAAAUUUAUAAA